AUGUCGACACUCGAGGACCUGGACGACCUUGAGCGCGAGACUAAGAAGCAAGACCAGGGCGAUGGCGGCAAGAAGCCCGGCGGCGAUGGCGACGCAGACAUGGAGGAUGCCGACAAGAAAGAAGAUCAGGAGGAGCUACUCGAUGAGGAGAUUCUCCAUUCCAGCACCGCAGACAUCGUCAAGCGACGACGGAUGCUCGAGAACGAAAUGCGGAUCAUGAAGAGCGAGUUCCAGCGUUUGACACACGAGCAGAGCACAAUGCGCGAGAAGGUGAAGGAUAAUCAAGAAAAGAUCGAGAACAACAGACAACUACCAUACCUCGUCGGUAACGUUGUCGAGCUUCUGGACCUUGAUGUUGAGGCUGAGGCCGCCGAGGAGGGGGCCAACAUCGACCUGGACGCCACCCGUGUCGGAAAAUCCGCCGUCAUCAAAACCUCGACGCGCCAGACCAUCUUCCUUCCGCUCAUCGGCCUGGUUGAUCAUGAGAAGCUCAAGCCCGGUGACCUGAUCGGUGUGAAUAAGGACUCAUACCUGAUUUUGGACACCUUGCCGGCCGAGUAUGACAACCGCGUGAAGGCAAUGGAGGUCGACGAGAAGCCCACAGAAAAGUAUACAGAUAUUGGUGGUCUAGACAAGCAGAUUGAGGAGAUUGUGGAGGCUAUUGUAUGGCCGAUGAAGGAGGCCGAACGGUUUAAGAAGAUUGGCAUCAAGGCACCGAAGGGUGCAUUGAUGUACGGACCUCCCGGAACCGGUAAAACCCUCCUCGCCCGAGCCUGUGCCGCCGAAACCAACGCCACCUUCCUCAAGCUUGCCGGUCCUUCCCUUGUCCAAAUGUUCAUUGGUGACGGUGCCAAGCUCGUUCGCGACUGCUUCGCCUUGGCCAAGGAGAAGGCUCCCUCAAUUAUCUUCAUUGAUGAGCUGGACGCUAUUGGAACCAAGCGUUUCGAUUCCGAAAAGUCCGGUGAUCGUGAAGUCCAGCGUACUAUGCUGGAACUGCUGAACCAGCUGGACGGUUUUGCCUCCGAUGACCGCAUCAAGGUUCUCGCCGCGACAAACCGAGUGGAUGUGUUGGAUCCGGCUCUUCUUCGAUCUGGUCGUCUGGACCGUAAAAUCGAGUUCCCAUUGCCGAACGAGGAGGCUCGUGCAAAUAUCUUGCAAAUUCACUCCCGCAAGAUGUCGGUUAAGGACAGCGUCAACUGGGCCGAACUUGCCCGCAGUACGGACGAGUUUGGUGGUGCCCAGCUCAAGGCCGUUUGCGUUGAGGCCGGUAUGAUUGCGCUGCGGAAGGGCCAGAGCCAGAUUGACCACGAGAACUACGUCGAUGCUAUCGCCGAGGUGCAGGCCAAGAAGAAGGAUAGCAACAUGGGUAUCUACGUCUGA